AUGGAGCGAUCCGACUGCUGGAACGAUGAAGAAGUUCGGGUGAUGGAGUGGGUAGAUCGGGUGAGAAAAUGGAUGGUUCGGAUGAGUGAAGAGAGUGGUCGGGGAGCAAGGGAAGAGAGUGGUGAAGAGAAGGGUCCGUUGUGCGAAGGAUGGCUGGGCCGGAAGAAGGUGGUGAGGUUGGAGAAGAGGAAGGUGAUGACAAAUCGAUGUCUUAGUUUUGAGGAGAAGGAGAAGGUGUCGGUGAAAUCGGAGGGAUAA